UUUUACUUUUUUUUUUAAUUAGAACAUGUCCAUUCUUAAAACUACAUUGAAAUAUAAUUUCAGAAAAUCAAUAUUUAAUAAUGGGCAGUACCGAUAUUUAUCCUAUACUCGAGCAUGCUUUGGAGAACAAAAGAAUGUCAAUAAAAUUCAAGAUUUUCCUUGGUUAUUAAGUACAGAUCAGCCUCGUAUUGCAAAAUACCCUUAUGAACAAGCAACUCGAGAAUGGAAAUUUUUAAGUGCAUUUCCUCUUGGAAUACAACAUGCAUUAUGUAAAUGGUUAGGUACUCGUACGCUUCAAUUAAAUACAGGCAUGGAUAAUUUCCCGGAUCAAUUUCUAGUGGGGGCUAGCUUAGCAAGUCGUAAAGCAAUUAGUAUGUUAUCUGACCAAUUGAAAGAUCCUAACAAUGAAGAUAAAAAACAAGAAUUACAACGUAUUCUAGGGCCUGAUCUUGUUGAUCGUUUUUUAAAAGCAGUUCCGUCUGAUGUAGAUAUUAGUAUAGAUAUUCCUCAAAUAUACGAUGUUAAUCUAGGCGAUAUUUGGGUCACAUUAGGUAAUCCUGCCGCUUUCUCUUCAAAUGGACAGCAGGAUUAUGAAGUUAUCCGGUGGAUGACAAUUCGAGUAGGGUUACAUAAAACAAUCAAUAUGCACAUUGAAUCAUUUCAAGAAUAUCGAGAGCGAACGUUAAAGAGUAUAAUGGAAGGUGCUCAAGUGGGUGUAGAUGUGUUGAUUGACGCUGAUAUUAUUUAUAAAGCAAACAAAAAGAAUGACGAAAAUGACAUUAUUCUAUACGAUGAAGGUAGACGUACAUUAAGAAUGAGAUUUGCUACACCUUAUUUCUCACCAGCUGAUAAAAUGGUAUCGGGAUAUGAUGCAAAGACAGGAGAGCCUAUUAAUGAUUGGAAUUGGUGUCUUGUAGAUAUAGAUCAAUUAUUAGAAAAAGAAUCUAUGGAUAUAACUGAUACAAACAGUACUAUACAAGAUGAAUAACAAUAAUAAUAAUAAGGAAUUGCUAUAAUAUAAAUGUGU